CAUGAUGUUCUUUUUUCUAAUCUAAUAGGGAGAACUGAGGAAGAGAAAACGAGAAGAGAAGGCAUGGGUGUGGACUACUACAAGAUUCUUCAGGUUGAUAGAAGCGCCAAAGAUGAUGAUCUCAAGAAAGCAUACCGAAAGCUUGCCAUGAAGUGGCAUCCUGAUAAGAACCCUAACAACAAAAAAGAGGCUGAAGCUAAAUUCAAGCAAAUCUCCGAAGCCUAUGAUGUUUUGAGUGAUCCACAGAAGCGAGCAGUGUAUGAUCAGUAUGGUGAGGAAGGGUUGAAGGGGGUGCCACCCCCAGGUGCAGGUGGUUUUUCCAGCGGCAGUGACGGCGGGCCGACAACAUUCCGGUUCAACCCCAGAAGUGCAGAUGAUAUAUUUUCAGAGUUUUUUGGGUUUUCCAGUCCCUUUGGUGGAAUGGGGGACAUGGGUGGGCGUGCUGGUGGCUCUGGAUUUUCAAGGGGUGGCAUGUUUGGUGAAGAUAUUUUUGCUCAAUUUCGGAGUGGAGCUGGAGAGGGCUCUGGCCAUAUGCCAAGGAAAGGUGCAGCCAUUGAGAAAACAUUGCAUUGUAGUUUGGAGGAUCUGUAUAAAGGGACUACCAAGAAAAUGAAGAUUUCGAGGGAUGUUUGUGAUUCCAGUGGGAGACCGACCACAGUAGAGGAAAUCCUUACAAUUGAGAUCAAGCCAGGUUGGAAGAAAGGAACAAAAAUAACUUUUCCAGAAAAGGGAAAUGAACAAAGAGGAGUUAUACCUGCAGACCUUGUCUUUAUAAUUGAUGAGAAGCCUCAUAGCCUCUUCAAGAGGGAUGGCAAUGACCUUGUUGUCACCCAGAAGAUAUCUCUGGUAGAAGCCUUGACGGGUUACACAGUGCAGCUGACAACCCUUGACGGACGCAAUCUUACAAUCCCCGUUAACUCCAUUAUUAGUCCAACUUAUGAAGAAGUUGUCAAGGGCGAGGGUAUGCCAAUUCCCAAAGAACCAUCCAAGAAAGGAAACUUGAGAAUCAAGUUCAAUAUCAAGUUUCCCUCCAGGCUUACAUCAGAACAAAAAAGUGGCAUUAAGCGGUUAUUGACGUCUCCAUAAGCAUUUGUGGUAGCUCUUCCUACCAUUUACCUAACUGUAAGAUUUCGGUUGUUUUAUUUUUGGUUUUUUGAUUUUCAAAUGGAAAUUCCUGCAUCUUUGAACUGGAUUUCAAUUAGAACAGUUUAUUAGAGUAUGAUAUUUGUUAAUUGUUUCAUGUCUUUAGUUUUUGGUAGUGACAAUUUUCUUAACCACUUACACUCUUGUUUAUGUGAAAUGUGCCUGCGAAAUUGAAUUUCUUUGUACUUGC